AUGCCGACCAAGCUCUUAGACCUCUCCGAUGAGCUCCUCUCGCGAAUCUGCAGCCACGGAAUGGUCCACGAGCACCACCAGCAGAACCUACCUCAAACCCUCCAGCACCCAAUCGCUCGACACGAGUAUCUCGAAACGAACGUGGUCGUGUUAAAUCUAAGCGACAUUCGAGGGUCCGCGAGCAGACUGGAAUUCGGCUAUGGCGCUGCGCAGAUGAUCAUGACGGGAAACCCAGGCCCGCUGCUCAGAAGUCUAGUUCAUGUGCAGCUAUCGGUUAGUGUAACAGGAACUCAAGGUCGGUCAUUGGCAAGGGAAGCCGAGGACCUGAAGCGCUUGAUGGAUUCAUGUCGGAAUUUGCGGACGCUGCAUUUCUUCGUGCAAGCCGACGAAUCGGUACUACAUGGCAGCGCUGCGGAGCUGCGGCAGGGCGAUGUUGUGGCCUUGAGAAGUCCAGACAGCAGAGAUCGCAGAGUUGCUGAGGCUGUUGUCAACUUAGCCAAGUCCGUUCCUUUGAGAGUUGUGACCGUUUCGUUCUGCCCAUGGCGACGCGGUGCUGUCGUCGUGCAGAUGGUGGAUAGGGACACCGCAGAUGUAGUCGACGCUUGCUUGGCAGGCGGGAUCGAUCAGACAUACGAAGGACUCAUCGCACGUGUGAGGUGACUCAUUCUCUGCAG